AUGUGGAGAUACAGGAUCGGAACACUGACAACAGUAGUAUCUGAACUGGACAGAUUCGGACUGGCUAUAUUAACAAUCCAAGAAACUAGAUGUGCCGGAUCUGGCAACCACAAAUCAGAGAAAGCAACUUUAUUCUACAGCGGGGGAUUAGGACACGAAAAGGAAGUUGGUUUCGUAAUCAGAGACAGGAUACUUAACAACAUUAAGCGAUUUGAGUCAAUUAACGAUAGACUAAAUCUCUUGGAAAUCCAAGCAAAAUGGUCCAAUAUAAUAUUGAUCAAUUGCUAUGCUCCAACUGAGGACAAAAACGAAGAGAUAAAAACAACUAGAACCGCUAUGUGA